GAGUCCAACCCCCUGCCAAGCAGGAAACUAUUUCAGCUAUUUCCAUCUCUGGAUAAAUAGUAGGCACCAGCAAUUUGCUUGAGGGAUGGAAGCCAGCCUGGAAAUUGAGAACCAGCCCUCCGAGAUGCUCAAGGACCUGGUGCUGAGGUGGUUUCUGCAGACGCAAGUUCCUCUUAUGUUACAGGACGGCAGCUUGCCAGAAUGGUUCCAUGGAUUCAUUACAAGGAAGUAAGGAGAAAAGCACUGAAAUGAAUGUUUUAGUUAAUUGCCACUGUCUUUUGAACUAGAUGAUUUGGGAUUGAUGGGAGGCUGCUGGUUUUGUACCUUUCUCUUUUUAUUAAGAAAAGAAAAUGUGCUUAACAGGAGAGUCCAUGCUAGGGUUGCUAUGGGUUAGUGAAUAGAUCAUCGGGAUAGGAUUUAUUAGAUCCACUUUUCUUGAGGACUUUUAAAAAAUGCAAACUGAUGUGGAAAUGUUGAACUGAAUUUACAAUUGGAAAAAUGAGAAAUGGAGAAAAAACAAAAACUGACAGAAUCUUUUAUGUCUAACCUCUACUUCUGUACCAAAUCAGGCUGUGACAUUAUAAAAGAAGCUGUCUCUUUGUACAGGCAAACUGAAGAGCAGCUGAAAGAAAAAAGCUUUGGCAGUUUUCUCAUCCGAUUAAAUGAGAGAUCGUUUGGAUACAUCCUCUCCUACAGGUAAGCUUUUGAGUUUAGAUUGUCUCUUUGGGCUGGAAAAUGUCACCAUUUUCAAAUUGUCUUAUACUGGGUUUUUGUUUGUUUGUUUGUUUUGGACUUCCAGCAGAAUGUCAUGUAGAAUCACUGCUCUCGCUCUCUGCCAUUCUCCUCCAAUAGGCAGUCCGCUUUCUGUGGCCACUCAGUCCCCAUGGGGUGGUUUGGGUGGAUGGCCAACCCAAGGGUUGCUGCCUCUAUAUAAAUUUGGUAUUCUUCUGAAAGCCCUGGGCCCCUUCAAGCCUCUUGUGUGUAGAUGGUCUUAGGUAGACUACUUAGGGAGCAGUGUGUGUCACCCGAGCACUGGAAAGAGAAGGAAUGAUGGGGCAACCGGGAACAAAUUCCAGAGAUGCAUGUAAUUUGAGGCCACUGACUGCAAUCAGGAGGAAAUGCAAUACUGUGAUGCAAUACUCUCAGUUGUCCCUCCUAAGGCUGAAUUAAAUCAAGUUCUACUCAGAAUAGACCUGCUGAAAUGAGGGGAACUAAGUUAGGCAUGUCCAUUAACUUCAGUGGAUUUACUGUGAGUUGAUUUUGGAUCAAAUUCUGCAGGUUUCAUCUACAGGUGGUGAGAUCCAUUGGUGAUAUUGUUUGGCUCUGUUGACACUGAAAUGAUUACUUUGGCCCAAGGUUUAUAAGUGGGGUGGGGAUGGAUCCUGGUCUACCAUCCUUAAGCAAUUGUUUGGUAAGUAUACGGGAUAUGGCAGCUUCCCUCUGGCAACUUGCCCUGUGGAACUCCAUGCCAGUAGAGUUUCAGCAGGAACUAUUUCGCCUUCUUUCAGCCACCUUCUGAAAAACUGUAUCGUGACUGGUGUGGCUAGCAGCCCUUGAUAGCCUUAUUCUCCAUGGAUUUUUACAGGCUUCUGAGUUGAUUUGUGGGAAAGUGCCUUCUCCUCUCAGGGUGCCAUUUGUGAUGUCCUCAGCAUGGCCAGGACAUGGCAUGGACACCUCUGCCCCACAACUGUGAGACCCUUGAAGCUUUGGUGCUGUCCAUUUUGUUACAGAGCAGGGAUGUUGGACUCCAGCUCCCCACAGCCAUAGCCAGCGGGACCAAUGGCCAAGAAUGCUGGGAGUUGCAGCCCAGCGACCACGGGAGGAUUCCCCAGUCCUAUGGUGGAGCCUGGCUCCCCUUCAAAGCAUCACUCUCUGUGACAUAAGAGCAACUCCAGUCCUUAGGCAGCCGAUUGUUCAGAGAAAACUGACUCCUGAUCGAGACCAUUCAGAUAGUUUGCUAGUCAUACCACAAAUGGUGAAAGAAGUACUCAUGCAAAUUCAGACGUGUUAAUGUGUCAAAGGCCCUUGAUGAGUCUCUGCAUGCUGGCUCCUGUCACUGUGGCUCAUUUGUUGUCAAAUGAAAAGCAUUUAUUGCACACCCAAAGCCUUAUGGCGGGCUCUGUCCAUCUCUUCUCUCAAAUGCUAUGUCUGAAUUCAAUCCUUCUGUGGUGACUUUCCAUGAAGAGGUACUCCUUCUUAUACAGAAGGUCAGUAUUCAGGCUUCUGGUACUGCUCUGCUUAAAAGAAUUAAAUAUAUGAUGAGAAGCAGAGAGCACAGCCAACAAGAGAACUUCUCCCACGAAAAAUGCAGUCUUUUUCUAAUGUACUAAUGUAUAAUAAGGUAAACCCUCAUGUGCUAAGCAGAACCUUUGUGAUGUUAAUUUAUUAUGUUUGAUUUUGGUAUGGAAAUUUGUUCCUAUAUGUUUACCGCUAGAUAUCCUUUCGACUUUUACUUUAUUUGGCAUCUGUUAUUAUACUUGCUAUGUUGUAAACAAAUAAGAGAAAUGAAAGAAUGAAAUUUAUCUUAUGGGAGCUAGUGGCUCUUAGGAACAUUUUCUAGGGUGCUUUGGAGUUUUUAACAGGCCAAAUGAAGCCUAUGAUCAUGGAGGUCCCUAUUCUGUACCUUUCUGUUUUUUGCGCCCCACUGACUUCCAGGCAGGACUUCUGGACUACUGCAGUGCUGCACAUAUGGAGCUGCCUUGACAAUUGUUCAGAAGCAGCAACUGGCCUGAUUUGUAAAUGUGUACAGUUCUGGUGGGUGUGUCAUGUGUUAGCGGAGGGACAGUACCUUUGGUUGGGAACAUGUCCUGCUCCUUCUGAGGUACUUUGUCCACCUUUGGUCCUCACCCUGCACUCAGCUCUCACCUGUGGCUCCUAGAAGCUGUCAGCAUGCAACAGUGGCCACAAUCCCAGGAAUGGCUUUGACUGGACAGUUCAACCAGGUGUGGGUAGCUAAUGGGACUCAAACCCUCAGAGAGUUGUGUCUUCCCCUGCAUGCGAAGACAGGCCUUGGCAGAUGGAGUGGAUGAGUCCAAGGGUGCGCCCAACGGUUAAGAAGGCAGUUUCUGCCCGUGCUAUAAAGGGAUGUGAGGGGCAGAUGGGGCUUGUCCGCCUAGGGAGCCCAUCUAGGAGAAGGGAAACUCUGAUCCUAAAGCUCUGCUGCCUUGUGGAAUAUCUUCAGAAGAAGAAAAGGCUAAGGAGUAAACCCUACACAAAUUCGGAGUGGAGUCCCUAAGACGGUUGGAUGGCGCCUUGCCUGCCUCCUUCCAGCAACUCCUGCAGCCAAGCUGGUGCCCAACGUCUUGCUCUGCUUUCCUUUGGACCACAUCAGUGAGGCCGAGAGACAAGGGGUCUUGUUCUCUGGGAAGCCCAGGACAUCCCUGCACACUGCCCAGGUUUGUAUCCUGGAGAGGUCUCUUGGUUGCUGCUAGUGUGGUUGGGCUUUACCCGCAAAUGCCAACAGUUCUGGUGGCAGUUACUAAAAAAGGCUAUUGGAGAGAAGUGGACAAUGCAAAGCAGAGCAACCAAUAUGAUGGGGGUCUAGAGCAACUCCUGUAUGAGGAAAGGUCACAAUCAUUUGUGGCUUUUUAGUUUAGGAAGAAAAGGUGAAGCAGGUCGGGGGCACGAUAAUAGUUUAUAAAAGCAUGUCUGUUGUGGAGAAACUGACGGGAGAGACGUUUUUCACUCUUUCUCAUUAAUACUAGAACCAGGGAUUGUCCACCAAAGCUAAAUGGUGAGAGAUUUGGGACAGACGGAAAUAAGCACUUCUGAACAGAGAAAAUAGUUAAACUCUAGAACUCACUGCCACAAGACAUGGCGAUGGCUGCCAACCUGGGUGCACAGUAAUCCAGACAAAGUUAGGAAACCCAGAACAAUGAAGGAUCAACUGGGGUUACCUCCAAAUCAUACGCUUAAAGAACAUUUACAGGCAUGGAGCAUCCUGGGAACUGUAGUUUGUUAUGGGUGCUGGAAACUGCAGCUCUGUGAGAUCAGCACCCUUGAUAAACUAUAAACUACAGUUCCCAAGCUUCUCCGUGCCUGUUAAAAGUAGUAUAAUAAUGCUUUACAUGUAUGCUGUAUUGAGUUGUGGACCAUACGAUGUCAAACAGGAAAGCCAUUGUUCAUUUCUGAAUCUCUCAAACAUUUCUAUUGUAUUGGGGCAACCCAGUCAGAUGUGCAGGAUAUAAAUAAUAAAAUUAUUAUUAUUAAAAUAAAAUAUUUUUUUUUAAUGUAUUGAGUGAUUGUAUGGGCUGAGUGCUUUGCUAAUUCAGGUUGAAAUUUAAAUGAGGAGGACAUUGGAAGCAUCCCUGGUCAAGCCCUGUUUUCAGGCUGUGCAUGGAGCCGAGAUGCCCCCGUCACAGUCAAGGACAUGAAUCAUGUUCUCUGAAGCGGACUUAGCAGCUGCCUGAGGGUACAGGACCUGUCAUUAACAAUGCGCCCAGAUCUUCUGCUCCCUUUGCCCACACUCCUAGACCAGUGGAAAUUCCUCUCUGCCUAGUCCUAAAAGAGGCACUUCUUUUGACUGCAGGGGAAAAGAUCGAUGCCGCCAUUUUGUCAUCAGUUGUCAACGGAAUGGAUGUUAUGUCAUAUCAGGGGACACCCAGACCCAUCCAAGCCUUGCGGAGCUCAUAAGCUACUACCAGACUUCCAAGAUAGAGCCUUUCGGAGAAAAUCUGACUAUGGCCUGUCCAAAUGUGAGCCAAGCAUUAGAGACUUUGUUUCAAAAAUAUAAUCCUUCCUAUAGUCAUCAUGUGAACUGAAUUGCUGAUCUGAGCAUUACAUUUUGCCAAAAGCAACCACAGAUAGAGUCAUCCUGUUGCUUUUAGUCAAGUACAGCAAUGUGAUCAGCAAUCCAGUUCAUCUGGACAUGAUGGUACCCUAAAAUUGGAUAAGCACCUCUUUAUGUGCCCAGAUGUUUCAACACGUUUUAUAGCCUAUUUUAACUUUCUGAUAUAAUUUGCAGGAUUUUGUUGGGUUUUAUUGGGGGGUUGGGGGUGCAUUUUCAUGCUUGAUCUUCUGUGUUGUUUUUAUGUUUUAUUAUAACUUUGUUGGGGACGCGGGUGGCGCUGUGGGUUAAACCACAGAGCCUAGGACCUGCCGAUCGAAAGGUCGGCGGUUCGAAUCCCCGCGGCGGGGUGAGCUUCCGUCGUUCGGUCCCAGCUCCUGCCUACCUAGCAGUUCGAAAGCACCCCUAAGUACAAGUAGAUAAAUAGGGACUGCUUUCUAGCGGGAAGGUAAACGGCAUUUCCGUGUGCGGCGCUGGUGCUGGCUCGCCAGACGCAGCUUAGUCACGCUGGCCACGUGAUCCGGAAGUGUCUUCGGACAGCGCCGGCUCCCGGCCUCUUGAGCGAGAUGAGCGCGCAACCCUAGAGUCGGUCACGACUGACCCAUACGGGCAGGGGUACCUUUACCUUUUUAUAACUUUGUUAUUGGAGUUUGAUCCUGAAGGUUGGACUAGAAAACACAAGUCUAGGGCAUAGUCUCCAACUGCCCUCAAAAUGCUGGGACCAUCACAAAAACCCUUAAACCAUCACGGCUUCUCACUUUCUCAUACAGAGUCCCAAAUUCCCAUCUUCAUAGAGAUACACUAACCAAUGGUUAGUGUAUCUCUAUGAAGCAAAUGGCUUGGUGUUGGGGGAAGCAGAGGUAGAGAGAGUUGCCAAGUGAGGCCUUCUCCUCCUCUGCCGCCGCCACCGCCACCUCCUCUGCCCAAGUUGGAGAAGGUGGGUGGAGGGAAAGAGGGGGAAAGUCUUGCACCAGGCCCGGGGGAAGAGAAAGAGGGAGUGGCACAAGGGGGGCACCACUGCUGACACUGCCAGUGCCACCGUGGGAAGCUUUGACUCUCCGGCCUGGCAGCCACCCAUCCAGCUGCCAUGCUGAAUAAAAACAAUAAGGAGACCCUGAGAAGGAGCAGGCCCUGGGGGUAUUGGGGUGGUUGGGAAGGCUGUAGCUGGCAGGGUGCAGGCAGGCCGGGGGGCUGUAGUUUGAGGGGUGUGGGGUGGACAAGGAGGUUAUGGGGGUCAAGGGACACUGGGCUUUGUAUUCUUUCAACUGCAGGGAUGCUCCAGGAAAGGAUUCAUUUAACUUCUACAGCUGCCUGAAAACUCUAUGUGUUAACAUUUAAGGCUGGGAAAAUGAAAAGUUGAGAAAAACUGAAAGUGACAUAUUCCUUGGAGCAAAGGUCCAUCUAAUUCAGCAUUCCAUUUUUCCUCCAAAUCCUCUUGCAAAUCUAACUACUGUUAUCCCCCUUUCUAUUUCUUUUCCAUACCCUGAUAGCAAGAGGAAAGAAGCAUCUAUGAUGAAAUCUCUGUGCAUCAGCCAAGAGCUUUCCGGCAAAGCUCUGCAAGCACCACUUCGGAGCUGACCAGAGAAGUGUCUGGCAGCUCACCAGCCCCCAGGCCAGCAAAAGAAGACAGCAGCCCCCAGUCAGUGACACCCAGGAAAAAGCUUCAGGAGCAGCAGGAGUCUUUGUCAAGGGAGAACCGGAAGCUGAGCCCAGAGGUAGAUUUUUCUUGAGGAAAAAGCUCUGAGUGGCUACUGUUAGAAAGAUGCUGGCAGUGGUUUUCAGAAGUUUAAAUGGCUUUAAACAGACCAAUUACUAAAAGAGGCAAACCCUCGCUCUACUUAAAAGUUGGAAGAGGAAGGUCUUCAGUAGGUGCCGAAAAGGUAAGAGAGACAGUGCCUAAUAUUCAAGGGGAGGAAAUUCCAAAGAGGAGGUGCGACCACACAAAAGGCCUGGUUCCUAUGUUGCGCAGAAUGGACCUUCUGGUAAGAUGGCAUCUGCUGGUCACCCUCACCUGAAGAGCCUAGUGAUCAACUAGGUAUAGAAGGGGUGAGACCAUCUUUCAGGUAUCCUGAUCCCAAGCUCUAUAGGGCUUCACACACCAAAACCAGGAACAUAGCCAGCAGCCAGUGAAAUUCUUUAUGUAGGUUCACCUUGAAAUGUGAACUGAAUCAAACUUCUUUCUCCACCCCUACUGACUACGAGGCAGGAUGGCUGUGUUGUACCUCUACUGGGGGGGGGGCGUGAUAUGCCUCCAAAUGCUGGUUGCUGGAAAUCAGAAGUGGAGAGCUGUGCUCAGGUCCUGCCUCAGGGCUUCCCAUAGGCAUCCAGUUGGCCACUGUGGGAACAGGAUGCUGGAAUGGAUAAGCCAAUGGCCUGACUCACUAGAGCUCUUUUUGAUGUUCUUUGAAAAGAUCACUGUCCUCUCUCAUCUUGAAAUCCUUGUUUAAAAACUGGACAUUAAUCUCAGCCAUUUCUUCUUGCUUUCCUGCCCCUUUCCAUCUCAGCAGGACCCCGAAGCAGCCCCACUGGUGCCAGACAAGAGCUGCUUGCUAAUAGCAAAAACCUUUGAGGAAGACUUUGGAACCGAAGGAAGCAUUGCUUAUUCAGCAGUGAAGAAACACCCGUUAGACAACAGGAGCCUGGAGGUGCCAAAAGACAUGUGCAAAGUGUUGGUGGACAGUUUGCCAAAGCCUGAAGAACCCGGCCAAGUUAGUGCCUCUCCCUACAAGAAAAAAACAAGUACCGUGUUUGCAUUGACUAAGCAAUCUGAUAGUCUAUAUGGCAAAAAAGUCACAGAAAACUCCCAUCCAGAAACUACUUACUCCAUAAUUAGCCGAGACCAAGACAAGAGCUGUUUGGCAUUCCCUGCCCCCACCAGUGGUCCAUCCUCUGUUGCUACACCCAAGAAAGCAAUGCUAAAUCCUCCUGCUUCAGCUCCUCCCAAGCUGUCUCCUAAGUUACCUAAUAAGCCUGUGACCUCCUCAGAACUCUGGGGGUCGCAGUCUCCAUUUGCAGCCUAUGCCAGCUCCCUUGUGUUCGAGAAAGAGCCUCAGGAACCAAACCACCCCCAGAGUUUGCCAGAUUUGCCAAGGGGAAACAUGCAUGGGCAGAUUAUUAAGAUGAAACACCCUAAAUCCACAGCACCCCUCCAUGGUGAUGAUCUUGAUGAGGCAAGCAAUACUUAUGAACAGAUUCCUUUUACUUGGUCAAAGGGCAUCACCCAUGACCCCAAUUCAAAAAAGCUUCUCCAGUCUUCACUAAUACAGCCCAAAGAGACUUAUGAUCAAAUCUCUGUGAAGACUGGGAGAUCCUCUAAGGCACAGGUCUAUACUGUGAAUCCAUGCAAAAAGAGCCCUGAUCCAUUCUCCAAAGCCUUUUCCUCAAAAAGGAAUGUCUUCACUGCAGAGAACACCUAUGAACAAAUUCACUUCAGUCCUGGAAAAGAAGCAGAAUGCAAGGCAAGCCAAAAGGUAAACUCUACUCAGCUUGCAUAAAAUAGCUCCGCUCAUCCAAACCCAGCACCAAUCCAAAUCAGAUCCUGUUGCACUUGCACCCCUUUGGUGUCACCCGGGAUGGAACAGGGCCCAAUCCUUCCCCCAGAUCCCAACAUGUGCCCACUUCCCUUAUCUGUUUUUGCUGCUCCAGUGGUGGCAGCAGAGUGUUGGAAUAGAAGUUUUUCCUGCUCUCCAUUCCCGCCCCAUGCCUUUCUGGUGCCCAGCACACUGCUUCAGCUGCAAAUUAGGCACCUGGCUGGGAAAUGCAGUUAGCAAGUCAGAAACGCUGAGAAAUUCAUACUUCCCAGUGCUCCUGGUGUCUGGGUCACAGCAUAGCAGCAUGCAAGGCAAAAGGGAGCAGGGAAAGAGUUUUGCGUUAGCUCAGUUGGAUAGUUUGUGGUGCUGAUAACACCAAAAUUGCUGGUUUGAUCUCCUUAUGAGUCAGUUGCAUAUUUUUGCAAUGCAGGGACUUCGACUACAUGAUCCUUGGGGUCCCUUCCAACUCCACAAUUCCAUGAUUCUAUGAUUCCGUCCCUCCCAUGAUGCCCCUGAUGGAACAGCAGUGAAGAGGAGGGGGUGUUCUGAAGGAGGUGUGGCAGGUGGGAAGUGGGGAAAGAGCCCUGAUUUCUUCCCCAGCUCAGAUUAAAAUCCAAGCUGAAGAUGAACUUUCCAGGGUGCAAAGCUUGCCUUUUCAAUUACCCUCGUGCAGAACUGCUCGGUAGACUACCUAAAAAUCUCUCUCUGCCUUCCUUUUGAAAUAAACCUUCAUGUAAUUCAUUUCCCUACCAGAGUGAUAAGCCCAGAAGAUUCCUGUUUGCAGAAAAGAAGACUAAAUUCUGAGCACUGUGCUUGAACUGUCGCUCUGAGCCUCAACCUGUACUAAAGAUCACUAAAUGAGAACCAGCAGCAGCUUGGCUUCCUAACAGUCUUCUUCCGCUGUGUUACGAAACCUCAUUGUUUCCUACUCUGGGCUGCAAUGGUUGCAUUUUUACAGAAGUCCCUUUUCCCAUCACAAGGCAUGCAUGCUUUUCUAGAACGUCCUAUCUGCUGCGUCAGACGGUUCUGCUGACAUAUAAGUAUCAGGUCUGAUGUUUAGAGAUAUCCUUAGCAGCAAAAACCAUAUUUACCUAUUUAUUUGAAGUGGCUCUUCACCUUGGCCGUGGGUUGGCAAACUAUGGUCCGCGGGCCGGAUCAGGCCCAAUUGCUUUCUAGAUCCGGCGCGCGGACGGUGCGGGAUCCAGGCAGCCGGCAUAGUGUGCGCAUGCACAAUGGUUUUUGUGACUCAGCCAGGUUUGGGGGUCCAAAGUGAGGCGGGUGGCUGCUGAAGACAAGCCCCUUCUCCGCCCGUCGCCCGCGCAGCAAUCUUUUCUUCCGGGGUGGGGGAGAGGGAAAAGGAGCCCCGUUUGGAUUUCAGGAAGGGCAGUUGCGGCGGCAGGGGCUCAGAGGCGCCUGGGGAGCGACGCCCGCCGGAGUCUGUGGCAGCGGUGCUCCCCGCGGGAGGAAGCCUGGGCGGCUGCACUCCAGUGCAGCUUUGCGCUCUGCUGGGGAGGCCGCUCAUGAGCUACACGGCGCGAGCCAAGGAAAGGUAAAUCGCCGCCGCCGCCGCCGCCUCAUCUUCCCUCACGUGGGGAAAAGAAGGUUUUUGCUUGAGCGGCGCCGGCCUGACUUAGCGUGGCCAACGGCUUGUCCCUUCACCCACGCAUGCGCACGCGCUCUCCAGGGCUGACAGGAAUGGCACGCUUACCUCAGCCCCCCACCCACACCCAC